AUGAAGCUCUAUGCUCAUUAUAGAGAAAACACAUAUACAGUAAUACUAGAACCACAUCGAAGCGUUGGCUACCUCGCAGGCUUAAUUGCAGGCUUAACCUCCAAUUGCUCAAUCUGGAUUAGCAAAUUUCCAAGCGGCCAAGAAAUUUCUGAAAACAUCGCGAUUUCUUCGUUUUUUGAUGAAAAUGAUGACGUGUGGGUUGUAAGAAGUGAAGAAAGCAAGGCUCCAAUAUCAGUAGGCAAUAAGCCUAAAGAAGCUCUAGAGUAUUUAAGCCUAUCACAAUAUUCCUUUUAUGAGUCUGGAAAAAUGUGGGUAAAGGUCGAUGUUCCAUUCGAAGGGAUUGGAGCUCAUCCAAAAGAACUGAUUUCUCAUGAAUUUGGGGAAAGAUAUUUUGGGUUUUCUAUUAGAAAUUUCAAAGGGAAAAACUAUAAAUUUUUCGUACCUAAACUCCAAUGCAAAAUCAAUCCAGAAAAAUCUAAAAUUGCUAUUAUGAGUGGCAGCAUAAGAGUGAGCUUAUAUAAGGACAAGGAAAAUGAUAACUGGUUCUCGCUGUUCAAAGCUAAAACUAUUGGAGGGGAUGAUGACUAG